AUGAGACCAAGUUCUGUUUUAAAUGCAUUACAUAAACAUGUUCCAUUAAUAAAAUUUUUAGGUCCAAGGAGUAAAUUGAAUAAAGGUUCAAUUAAUGGGAAUCCAAAACUUCAUCCAGCAGCUCCAAAAGGUUCAACUCUGCCUUCUCAAUCUUUAACUCGUUCAGAUAUUACAACCAAUGCUUCUGCUUCAAAUAAAUCUAAAUCUGAUACAGCUGAAAUAAAGAGCUUUGGAAAUCAAA